UUUCGGGGGCCUUCUGUCCUUUCGGUGUGAUCGAGUCGAAGGACUCGCGACUAACUGGUUCCACAAUCAGAAACCACCAGCCAAAAUCAGUUGCCAAUGUGACCAGUGAAAUACCAUAGUUGAAACCACAACAACAUCGAGAACUCCAGCAGAUGCCGCAUCUGCCGUUCUGAGUUUUUCAGUUUAUCAUCUCAGUCCCAGUCCCGCUUUUAAUUUGCAGUUCCAGUUCGCGUUCGGUUUUCUGGUUUUCCCUGCAUUUUCCGCCUUAUUUAUUUUGCGUUCCUUUCGUUCAGUUCUCGCGUCGCGGUCUGUUAUUGUGAACUUUCGUUUUCGUGCGGUUUUUCGCGGCUUUUCUAACGGUCCAACAACGGGCGGCCAAUGGAUAAGGAAACUGGUCAGGAUUUCCAAUAGCUUCAAAACACUCACUCUUUUCCGAGGGAAAACUCAAGGAGAGCAGAAGAAAAUGGAUUAACAACAAAGAUUCUGAUCAAAGGAUUUGAGAACAACGGCCGCAACAACAAAAGCACUUUUGAAGAUCUUUAAACAACUUUUUAAAUAAAACCCCCUUUCGGCCCAUAAUCAAAAUUGAAAACCAAACCUACGAGAACGCAUUAAAUGAAUUAAGCUAAACAACACACAACUUAUAUGAAAUAUAAAAUAUUAUUACUAUUAAAGCCAAUAACAUAUAACGCGCUAAUGUUUAAUUAAUUGUUAAGUCCAGAACCCAAACAAACAAACGGAAGACAAAGAUUUUUAAGCCUACGCAUUAAGUACAAUUUACUAGACAUAACUACCUAAAUUAUUUUUAUAUCCGACGACAUAUUAACAAAGCAAAUUAAAUUGAGAAACGAAGCAAAAACCAGAGUACAAAGUCAUAAUCAAUUUACAACAAGCAAGCAUCAAAUAUUAUCAACAACUAACAGCAAGUAAUUAAUAAAAAUAAAGUAAAUACAACAACAACGCAUACAAAAUACAAAUUUUACAAAUUACAAAUUUACAAAGAUUUUUAAAGAAAAAAAACCAAACCAAGUCUGCUACGAAUUAAAUCAAAUAUCAAAUACAAAUUUUUGCCUAGCUGCCGUUUUACAAACAAACAAAAGAAUAAAGUACAAACAACCAACAAAUCUUAAACAAUUUUUAAAACCAAUUUAAUAAAAGCACUUUACAAAGGAACACCAUAACAGAUAAAUAAUCAACUUUGCAUUAAAAAACACGCAAAACCAGUGAGUUCAAAAUAAACGAAAUACAAAUCUUGGAUAGCUUCAACUUAUAUAUAGUAUACAAAUAUAUUGUACGGAUGUAAUCAGAGACAGAGUGUUUUACACUAGCCAACAAACAGAAACAGAAACAGAAACCAGUCGAAUCAGAAACAUUUUCAAGAAGAACUACCUCAAAAUCAGAGAAGCGAACGAACAGUGAACCGAAAAGUGUACAAAACCAAUCGAUCGAAUCUUGAACCGCAGAAUCAGUACAAAGCCCCGCAGUUCCCAAAGACAACUGCAUAGCCAUGCCAGAGUUUGAGCUUAAAUGGCGUCUUCAAUUUUAGCCCAGAGCAGCACAGGUGCUACCGUCGACAGCAGCAACUUGGCAGCCAGCGCAGCCUCAGCAGCGGCAACAUCUGUGGAGGCCACCGUGUCCUCUCUGCACAACACCCAUCUCAACCAGCUGAGCAGCCUCAGCCAGCAGUACACCGCGCCGUACCAUCCGCAUUCGCAUCCGCAUCCGCACCACCACUACCAGCAGCACUAUCCGCAGCAACAACAUCUCCAGCAGCAGCAACACCAUCAGCAACAGCAACAGCAGCAACACCAGCAGCAGCAGCAACAGCAGCAGCAGCAGCAGCACUGGGACUACUAUGCCAGGCAGCAGCAGCAACACCAGCAGCAGCAGCAGCAACAGCAACAGCCAGCGGCCGCCACCAACGGCAAUAGCAACAGCAACCACAACAGCAGCAACAACGACGGCAGCAACACUACCGUUCCAGCGCCUCUGGGCAGCAGCAACAGCGGCAGCAAUCAUGCUAAUGUCGCAACCGGUGGCAACACUGGCCAGCGGCACGGCGAUGCCAAUGCCAAUGCCAAUGCCCUUUCCGCCGCCUCCGCCGCAGUAGGAAAUCCGGGGAAUCCGGGAAACCCAGGCAACCAAGGGAACCCAGGGAAUCCGGGGAAUCCCAACAAUACGACGACUAACGCAAACGCAAACGCAAACGCCAACUCAAAUACGAACUCGAAUUCGAACUCCAACUCAAACUCGAACGGAAGCUACACGCGUCCCUGGGAAAUGGAGUCGAAGGACAAUGGUCCGCAGCCCCAGACGCAACCGCACAUGCAGCUGAAGAGCGGCUUCGAGCCCUUCUCCAAGCUGCCCUCGUUCCAGAGCCAGUUCCACGGCUUCAACGAGCAGCUCCUCCCGGACGGAACCCCUAUGCCGGUGCCCGUGGGAGCAGGAGUACCGCCGGCCUCUGGUUCCACGGCUCCUGGCUCCGCACCCGGCUCGAUGUCCGGCUCCGCAGUAGCUAACUCCGGAGUUACUGGAGCCUCUGCCUCCGCCAUGAGCUCCCUGCAAACGGUGGCCAUGUCGCCGGCCAGCAUAUCGGUCAGCUCGCCCGGCAUGAUGAGCGUGGGCUCGCCGCUGACCCAGUUCCCGAGUCUGCAGGCCAGCAUCACGCCCCCCUCGGCGGGCAGCUUCCCGGCCCCGCCGCCGCCGAACGCCUUCGCGCACCACCACGCCCUCAAUCCGCACCACCACCACCGCGGGGCAGCGGGCUAUCCCGCUCCGUACGGCGAGCUGCCGCUCUACCCGGGCUUCACCCCGCUGGGCGUGAAGAAGGAGCCGGCGGCGAACAGCGACUUCGAGAUGCUGCUCAAGAAGGAGGACUUUGAUCUCAGCAACAGCGCCGCCGGCGGACUGCUCCACCAUCCGCUGCAGCACGGCCAGCCGCACCCCAUCCCGAUGGGCAUGCACACGCCCACCUCGUUCGACGGCAACAACAGCAACACCAGCUACCCGCAGGGGGCGGGGGGCGGGGCCGGAAGCGGAAGUGGGAGCCACACGCCGCACACCACCUCCCACCAGCCGGCGCCCACCACCACCACGCCGGUGAAGGUCGAGAAGCUGCUGCAGUCGCCGAUCGCCCGCCUGGAGGCGAGGAAGAAGGAGCGCCGGAAACAGCGGCCCAACUCGCUGGAGUCCAGUGCCGAGAGCGAGGCCAGCGGCAUGGACGUCGACCCCAGCAAUCCUGGCCAGGUGGACGCCGUCUCCAGCACGGCCAACUUCAAGAGUCCGCUCAGCGCCUUGGGGAUGGGGGACAGCAACGACGCGAACGCCAGCGGAUGCGACAAGCAGUCGAAAAAGAAGCGCAAGCGGUGCGGCGAGUGCGUAGGAUGCCAACGCAAGGACAACUGCGGGGAGUGCGCCCCCUGCCGCAACGACAAGAGCCACCAGAUCUGCAAGCAGCGCCGCUGCGAGAAGCUCACCGAGAAGAAGGAACCCAAAGCCAAAACCAUCGUCUUCGGAGCCGAUGGUCAGCCCGUUCGACCUGAUUCGAAACGCGGCCGCGGCAAAGGAAAGUCCACUGGAUCCGGCAGCGGGUCGGUUAACGCCACAGGUAUCGCCGCCGGCAAUGGAACACCAACAACUGGGCAGUCACGCGCCCGCAAAAACUCCACCAAAGCAAACAAACUGAAUGCAGCCGCUGCAUCAGCAACAUCGCCUCGUCUAAGUCCAGUGCCAGCAGCAACACUGUUGCCGCAGCAAUCGCCAAAUACCACAACAGCAACAGGCAGCCUGCAGCAACAGCAGCAGCAGCAGCAGCAGUACCAGCAGCACCAGCAACUUCUGUCGCAGCAGCAACUCCUGUCGCAGCAGCAGCAGCAGUACCAGCAGCCGCAGCAUCACCAGCAGCACUUCCAGCAGCAGCAGCACCUGCAGCAGCAGCAGCACGCACAGCAGCAACAUUUGCCACAGCAGCAACACCAGAUAACCGCACAAAUUCAAACCAUGAAGGAUCAACCGCAGCAGCCCAUGGCACCCAUGGCCUUCUACCCCACAUGGCAGGCGGACCCGUCGCAGGGCUGGCAGAACCAGUUCAUACAGCAGAUACCACAGAACACCCCGGCCAUAACGUCCCUCAACUCGCUGGACUUCCAGACGCAGUCGUACGCGUAUCCCUCCAACGGCUACGUGCAGUCGGGGUUGGGAUUCGACCCGAACUACGGAAGGUCGCCGUACGCGGCGCCCGUCCAGCGGUACGACUUCCAGAGCCAGCAGCUCUCCUCGGCCCCCUCGGCCAUCAACCAGGUGGGGCUGCAGGGCGUGGCGGGGUUCGCCCCCAGCUACGCGGGCCAGGUGACCGCAGCCCCAGUGCCGCCGUCGCAGCAGCAGCAGCAGUCGCAGCAGCAGCACUUGGGAGCGGACCUCAACAAGACGAUGUCGGGAAACGACACGCCUGGAUAUCCGCGGGUGAGCAGCGUGCCGCCGCGCUCACUCAACUGUAACGGGUAUUCAGGCGACUACAGCGGUUCCACAGCCAGCAACAACAACACCAACAACAACAACAACACCAGCAGCAACCCCAGCAACAGCAGCAACAACAACAGCAGCAGCACCAACAGCAGCAAUCCCCCCGCGUCGGUGGUCAGUGGAGGCACCACCACCCCAGCACCGCCGCCCACCGCGGUGGCCCAGCCCGCCUCCUCGCCCAUGCAGCCGCCCAGCCAGGCGGUGCCGCCCUCGCCCACGCGCAGCAGCCUGCUGCAGCAGCAGCAGCAGCACCAGUCGCCCACGGGCAACGGUCUGCAGCCCUACGUGGCGCCACAGCAGCAGCAGCAGCAGCACCUCUCCUCGCCUCCGAUGCAGGACUGGAACUGGCAGCAGCAGCAGCAGCAACAGCAACAGCAACAUCAGCAGUCCUUGGGAGGGGAGGCGUACGCCCAGGGCGAGCGGCUCCACCUGAACACCCGCAUCAAGUCCAUGAUCAUGCGCAAGAGCGAUCCCAAGGAUCCGCCGCCGGAUCUGCAGCAGCAACAGCAGCCCUUGCAGCAGCAACAGCAGCCGCAGCAGCAACAGCAGACCGGUCAUUUUUUAUCGUAUAGCCACCAUCUCCGGCCCGAAGCGGCGCUAAGCGCCAACGGACCGAGCAGUGCCACGCCCACCCACCCGCUGCCCAACCUGCAGCAGCAGCAGCAGCAAGUGCAGCAGGUGCAGCAGCAGCAGCAGCAACAGCAACAACAGCAGCAGGCGGUCGGUGGGGCAGUGGCUGCCGAGCCGAUCGGAGGUGGUGGCGAUCACAUCUGGAAGCCGCACCACGCCAACUCGUUCAAGAAGCCGAGCGUGUUGGGGAGCGGCUACCCAGUAGCAGCGGGACAGGACGCGCAGCUGCAGCUGCAGCUGCAACAGCACCAGCCAGGACAGCACACGACCAUCAGCCACUCGGCGGAGCCUCCGCUGCCGGUGGUGGCUCCUCCCGUGGCGCCACCGGUGGCGCAGCCCAAGAAGUCGCGCAGCCGCAGCAAGGCGAGUCGCGCAGCGGCGGCGGCGGCAGCGGCGGAGGCGGCGGCCGAGAUCGAGAGGGAUCGCAACGCGACGGAUCCCGGGGGUGGUGGGUUGAAGCCACUGGGCGCCCACUACCCGCCGCACCCGCACGCGGGAGGAGGAGCGCCGCCAGCGGGGCAGGACUACCACUCGCACUCGCAGUACAUUAAGACGGAGCCGGGCCUGCUGGGUCCGCCGCAGCCGAACAAGAUGGAGGGCUACGAGCGCAACUACCAGAACUUCAUCCAGUACGCGGACUUCUGCCAGAACGACGGGUCGUCGGCGGGUCAGGCGGCCCAGCAGCACCACACCCACUCCCACGGCCACGGACAUGGCCAUGGGCAGCAGGAGUACGCGGGGUACCACCACAACUCGGCGUACUACGGAGCGGGGGCCAGCAGCUUCCAGCAGAACUUCCAGCAGAACUUCGUGCCGGGCUACCAGCACUCGACGUACGGCGGCCGCGGGAAGCCGCCGGUCGCCAGCCAGCCGCACCAGAUCCACGGGCAGACCCUCAUGGAGCUCGACCGCAAGCCGGACACGAACAGCAUCAUCCCGCUGCCGACGAACUACGAGAAGGACAUACCCGCCUACCCCAUUCCGCCGCACCGCUACGCGCUUGGCCACGGCGCUCCUCCCCAUCUGGGCCACCACGGGAUGCUGGAGCCCAAGAUGGAGGACAUGGGCAUGCUGGGCCACGGCGGCGGGUACGCCUACCUGGGCGGCGAGGGCAAGGCCUUGAGCAACGGGUUCUCCUGCUGUCGGCAGGGCGGCACGCGGCCGCCCACCGCGGAGCACCUGAAGGACGGCACUUGCUUGGGACUGGGCAUCCAGCCGAAGGAGGAGCUGCUCGACGAGGACGAGCUGAUCGACGCCCACGGCAACGGACUGAAGUCCGCCAAUGGAGCGGGCAAGGCGAAGGGAAAGCAGAAGCCCGACGAGAUCCCCGAGAUCGUGGUGAAGCACGAGAAGAUCAACCCCAUGUUCGACACCACGGAUCGCCUGGAGAAGGGCAACAAGACGGAGAUCCCCGAGUGCGAGUGCUUCCAGUCCGACAAGAAUCCCCCGGAGCCGGGCACCUACUACACACACUUGGGCACGGCCUCCUCCCUCAUGGACCUGCGAAGGGAGUUCGAGGAGCGGUGCAACCUCACGGGUCGCCAGCUCAGGAUCGAGAAGAUCGUCUACACGGGCAAGGAGGGCAAGACCUCGCAGGGCUGUCCGGUGGCCAAGUGGGUCAUCCGGAGAGCCGACCUGGAGGAGAAGAUCCUAGUGGUGGUCAAAAAGCGACCGGGACACAGAUGCAUAGCCGCCUACAUCGUGGUCUGCAUGGUGGCCUGGGACGGAAUGCCCCGCUUGGAGGCGGACAAUGCCUACAAGAACCUCAUCCCGAAGCUCAACAAGUACGGCCUUCCCACGACGCGAAGAUGUGCCACCAAUGAGAACCGCACCUGUGCCUGCCAAGGACUCGACCCGGAGUCGUCGGGCGCGUCGUACUCCUUCGGCUGCUCCUGGUCGAUGUACUACAACGGCUGCAAGUACGCCCGCUCGAAGACGGUGCGCAAGUUCCGGCUGUCGGUGAAGAGCGAGGAGGCGGCCAUCGAGGACCACAUGAACCUGAUCGCCACCCUGCUGGCGCCGGUGUUCAAGCAGGUGUGUCCGCGCUCCUACGACAACCAGACCAAGUACGAGCACGAGGCCAGCGACUGCCGCCUGGGCCUGGAGCCCGGGAAGCCCUUCUCGGGCGUGACCGCCUGCCUCGACUUCUGCGCCCACUCGCACCGCGACCUGCACAACAUGCAGGACGGCUGCACGGUGCACGUGGCCCUGCUGAAGCCCGGCAACCGCGACGCCCGCCUCCCGGACGACGAGCAGUUCCACGUCCUGCCGCUCUACACGAUGGACGGCACGGACGAGUUCGAGAGCGUCGAGGGUCAGCGGGACAAGCACCGCACCGGGGCGGUGCAAAUGCUGGACAAAUUCCCCUGCGAAGUACGCGUGCGAUCGACGCCCCUGAUACCCUGCAGAAGGCACGGCAAGAAGAGGAAGGACGGCGACGAUGCGGCGCCUCCGGACGGCGACCAGGACGCCGUGGGCGACGCCACCAGCCAGAGCAGCUCCAGCAACGGCGCCCAGUCGCAGACGCAGCCCGCCACCCAGCAGAGCAGUCCGCCGGCGCUGGGAGCGGCGCACAUCAAGAAGGAGAACGGCGGCGCGCUGCCCGCCAACGGAGGAGCAGCUGGAGCAGCUGUUUCCAAGGCGAAGGGCAAGGGGAAGGGCGGCCAGCAGCAGAACAACUCGAGUGCUUCCACGCCGGGAUCGGCGCCCCCCACGCCCUCGCCGCGCUGCCAGACGCCGGUGACGAACAACCCCAGUCCGGCGGGCAGCGCCUUCAGCACGCCGCCCGUCCACGGGGCAGCCGGUGGCAAUCCGCAGAGCAACGGCGGCCAGCCGGCGGGCAACCAGCCGGGCGGCCAGCUGAUGAGCUCCAACUCCAGCCUGAUGAACAUGGCCACCAUGAUCGACACCUUCACCGACGCCCAGCUGCAGUCCAACCAGAUCUCGAGCACCGUCCUGGACUCGCCGUACUCCUACGACUACCAGACGGGCUCCUACAUCGACUCGCGCAACUACUACGGCCAGUGGCCGACGCCCCACGCGGCGAUGGGCAUGCAGGCGGGCGGAGGAGGCGCGGCGGGAGGCGGAGCGGGGGCGGGAGUGCCAACCCUUGCGCCCACCACCCCCUCCGCUGCCCAGCCCCAGCUGGCCACUUCGCUCCCCGGAGGAGCAGGCGCCGCAGGAGUCGCAACGGGCGGGCUGGCGACCACCGCCCCGCCCACGGCCCCGCCCACCCAGCUGGAGACGAGUAACGGCUACGGGCCGGCGGGCUACCAGUCGCUGGUCGGCAACCCGGCGGCGAACCUCAGCAAUCCCGGAGCGGCGGUGACCAACCUGGAAGUGCAGCAGCAGCAGCAGCAGCAGCAAACGCAGCAGCAGCAGACCGGCCUCGCAGUGGGCGGUCUGGCAGCGGUGGGCGGGGCGACGGGAGACCUCAAGAGCCGGCUGGUCAGCGAGGAGAACCCCGACUCGACCACGCUGGUGAGCCACCACCACCAGCAGCAGCACCACCAGCACCUCCAGCACCACAGUCUCGCGGAGGGCAAGCUGACCGCCCUGACGGCCAUGCAGCCGAUGACGAACCUCGCCCCGCUGACCACCGCCCACCACCCGCAGGAGGGGUUCGUGAAGCCCAAGCCGCCGCCGAGCGACUACACCGCCCAGUACACGGCGCAGUAUCCGAACAACUACCAGAUGUACCCGCCCCCGCCGCCCCACUCGGCGUACUCCGCCUACGACGCCUACCAGAACAUGAACAACCCGUACAACUACGGCUACCACCAGGCGUACUCCCCCUACGGCAUGUACCCCCAACAGACGCCCCCGCCCACUCCGCCUCCCCCGUCGCCCAACUGGAACGUCUACGGGCACCACCAGGCGACCGGAGCCGUCAACUCGGGCUACGGCGGAGCGAGUGCCGCGAUCGCCGCCCACGGUGGCUCGGUGGCCCCGGCGGGCGUGGGUCUGCAGAAGCCCAUUGUGCCCGUGCCGGGACCUCUGCUGCAGCAGCAGCAGCAGCAACAGGUGCAACAGCAACAACAGCAGCAACAGCAGCAGCAGGAGCCUCCGCAGACCAUCCUGCCCGACUUGAGCAACGGACAGGCGGGCGUUGAAACCGUGGCCACGCCCACGCCCACCGGCGAGUCCCCAGGAAACGAAGGGGCGAGCAACAAUCCGGCGGGCGGAGGCCAGGCUCCCAGUGGAGCGACUGCUGCCACCACAGCGCCACCCGCCGCCUCGCCGGGCAGCAGCAACGCCAGCAAGAUCGAGCCCAUCGGCGAGGUGGCCGAGAUCAACGAGAACAUAGAGGCCUUCCAGGACCCGCAGAUGGGGGGCGUGGCAAUCGCUUUAAACCACGGCAGCGUGCUGAUCGAGUGCGCGAAGCACGAGAUGCAUGCGACGACGGCGGUGCGGCGGCCGGACCGGCACCACCCGACGCGGAUGACUCUGAUCUUCUACCAGCACAGGAACCUCAACCGGUGUCGCCACGGAAUCGACGAGUGGGAGGAGAAGAUGCGCGUGAAGAAGAUCAACACGGACCUGGACAACAAAGCCAAAGAGGAGCGCGAGCGACUGAUCAAGAAGGCGGCUGGCGAGGACCUCGACGACCUGGACGAGGACGCCCUCAUGCAGGACGACCCGCCGCCCGUCAAGAAGGAGUCCUCCGCCAACGGCCAGCAGCUGAAGAACGGCGCCAGUGGCAGCAAGAAGAAGAAGGCCAGCGGCGACUCCAAGAAGUCGCAAUCGCAAUCCCAAACGAGCAGCGAGUCAAAAAACGAGAAGGUUGCCCUCCACGCACCACCAACACUGACGACCACGUCGUGGACGCCCCUGUUCCCCAUGCAUCCGUGCGUGGUUUCGGGGAAAUACCCGGAGGGCAAUAGCAGUCCGACCUCGUCCACGAACAACGCGCCCGCCGCUGGUGGCUGUCCCGCCCAGCUGCAGCAGCAGCAGCAGCCGCCCCCUCCUCCUGGCAGUGGCCUCGCCCACCCGCCGCCGGUCACGCCCACUGGCGUCGCAGCCCCACCGCCGCCCACUCCGCAGCAGCACCAGCAGCAGACCUGAAUCUCCUCGGGCUGCGGCGCUACUUUUGGUAGCCGGUUUUCGGAAGAGUCCUAGUCGUAAGCCUCCCCACACAAAUCCACAAAUCAGCCCUGUUCAGGAUUUCAAUUUCUAUUUCGGCGAUGUUGAGACAUUCGACAUUGUGAUGAAAAGGGAGAAAGCGUUUUCAACUCGAACUACGAUUUCUGAAAUCAAACUAUCCUUGGUUUUUCAAAAAUUUGAUUAGAGCAACAUCAUUUUUAGAGCGCAUAGGUUCUACAGAUCUUCAAACAAGCUAGACUUGAAACCAAAAAAUUAAAAAAGUGUUAGUGCUAAUGGUUUUUAUAAAACUAAAAGUUAUAUGCGUCUUGAUAACUGAAUUCCUUUUCUAUCCUUUUCUAUAAAGGUAAAGAAAUUGUUUGAUACUUUUUCCCCAUUUAAACCAUUUUGCAAGCCAAACAAAUAAUCAGAACUUGAAUCAAGAAACAGGGCUGUAUGACUGAAAAUUCACUUAAAGCCAAGAUAGGAAAAGAAGUCAGAAGAACGAAUUAUUUUUGUAAAGACGUCUGAUUUCGUGUGCCAUAGGUCGAGAGUUAAAAAGAGUUACUGGAAAAGAGAAUGCAGGCAAAAGAGUAGAGUUGACGCUGCCAGGCCAAAGUUGUCACCAUUCCACAGAAAACAAUUCCCAGAUACAACACACAUCAUUCAGCUAAAAUCACAAACAAACAACAAGUUUCUAAACAAAAAUGCAGCUAGUUUAAUAUCAACUAUUAACUUUAGUUUCUUAAGAGCCAGCAACAAAACAAUUUCUGUUAAAUCAUUUAUUUUUAAAGAAAAGCAAAAAUACAAACUACAGAACGUCAGCAAAAACGAGCACUACUAAAACAAAAACUAAAUAAAGAAAUUUUUGCUUAAAGACACAAAAGUCAUAUUAAGAGUUAGUGGAAGUUGAAAAAAGAUCAUUGCCAAAAGUACAAAUAAACCAUUUUUUAACGAGCAACUAGAAAAACGUAAAGAAUUUCGCAAGACAACAAAAGAAAAUAGUUGGUAACAAAUGAAAACAGUUUUUACAAAAGAACUACACUACACUAAAUGAUUUUUAAAUUUAGUUAAAUCCCUUAUUUUCCAACAAUUUGACUGUCCUUUGGGAUUGACUCUAAAUUGAGUGGCAGUGCCAAACGAAUUUGAAUUGUGUAAGAAGAACAACUGAGAAAUUUCUCUCUUUCCUAAUGAUUUGUGCACUGAAAGAAAUUUUUCAAUUGAUCAGCCGACUUACCGUUAAACCAGACCACUACAAAACAGUUCGAAAAUGGUGCGAGCAGGACAACUAGAACUACAACUAGAGAAGAAUUGAAUAUUUUUGAGAAAGUGAGAAAGAGACAAACAGAGCGGCAUACGCUUGGUAAGAAGGAGACGAAACGAUGGAAAUGUAUGGCAGCAAGACAUUUUUAAACUUUAAUCAUAAUUUAAACUAAGUUUAAGCAACACACACAAGCAACACAAAAGAAAGUUAUAUAUUUAUUUAUGCGCAAAUCGAUGGCAAAUAAGGGGUUAAUUCUAGUUAUUAUUAUUUCUGCAAGAUUUAGUUUGAAAAACCCAAAAAGACUCGAAACCAAUCAAGUAUUAAGCACUAAACAACCAACAACUAAUACUAAACUUAUUUGCCUAACCAUUUGUAAUUGUUGUAUAAAACUCAAUAAUAAUUUGCAUCCAUCCAAAAGGUAAAUUAAAAAUAAUGAUUAAUGAAUGCAAAUGUGGCAGCGCAACUGAAUUUCAAAUCAAAUUAGUCUACCUACAUAUAAAUAUAUUUUGCACAAAACAAAACAAAAACGAAAGGAUAAGCUAAAAACGGUUAUUGAUAAUAUGAUUUUUAAUUUGGCGAACGGACAUGUAGAUCGUAUAUGUAAACUGUACGCGUAAUACACGUAAUGUACGUAAUGUAAUGUAUAUGUAAGGCAGCGAAGAAGACUUUUGAGCAACAAGAAAAAACAUGUUUUGAUAAAUAUUUAAAUGUUUAUAUAAAAAUAUAUAUAUUAAUAUAACUUAUGAUAAUUGAUAAUUGAUUAACUGAUUACGCGAGCCAACAACUAUUAUAGUUUGUAAAUGCUUUUUUAUCAUUUUCAAAUAAAAGCAAAUCCUUUGCCAUUAUUAAGUUACACACCCCAAACCGACUUUUGAGUUUAGCGGGGCGCCCGGCGUGCACCUUAUAUAUAAACUAUACGUAUUGGCAUAUGAUAACGCAGAAGCGAAACCAAUUAACACUGAGCAGCAUAAGUAUAAGCGGAAAUCAGAAAUCAGAAAUCAGAAACGAGAACACAGAUAGCGCACCUGACGUAGCGACUUUCAGGUGCGAGAUCAGCGAGAGAUACGAUAUAGCGAUGAUACAUACAUAUUGUAAAACGAUACACACAAACCGAGAACGUAAAUACAGAUUGUGAAGCACGAAGAUGGAUGGAUGAGAAAAAACGUAAAUUAUAUUUAUUUAAAGUACGCGCAUGGAAAGCAAACAGAUAUUAAUAUUAAAUAAAACAAAAACAAAGUUAAAAUUGC